AUGCUCUCCUGGGGUUUUCGCUACCUGCAGCAAAGCGACACCCAAUAUGAAAAGGCUCGAUGUGAAUCAGCCUGGAACGGGUGUGUGCCAGAUCGCUACUCGGAGCUGAUUGACUACCCCAAGAAUGACGACCACAUUCAACAUAUCGUUAUUUACGCCAAAGAUAAAAAGAAUGGUCAUCGGAACAAAAUCCGGUAUAGUAGACUCACGGGGCAUCUCAGUGCCACAAUGUACACAAAUGUCAUGGGCAACGCUUUCGGGGAUGCCUGGUCCAAGCCAAAACCUGGAUCUCAUCUCCCGGGUGCCAUCCGCUUUACGGCGAAUUUGAUGAAUAAGAUGGGAGACUCCAUCGAAACCAUCCGUUAUGUGUGCUAUGAAGCAUUUCAGAAAAGUUCAUUUGGCAAAUGA